AUGGAAACUCUUCCGACAGAAGUCUUCAACGAGAUUCUCGAUCAAUUCGAGCCUGGCCUUCAUGAGUUUCCUCGAGCGAAUCCCUGGGCACGCCCACGUCCAUACAAACCGGAACAUAUAGAUUCAAAACAACAUUUUGCCCGUCUGCGGCUGGUGUGUAAAAGAUUCAGCGAGCUGGCUGCGCCGUAUCUUUUCAGAAGUAUAGGAUUAAGAUUCAAUAUGAAAAGCUUUGGCCGAUUGGAACGAUUAGCUGAGCGUCCUAAGCUUGCAAGACAUGUCAAGAAAUUUGUGUACCUGAUGCCGUACCUUUAUUUUGAAGGUGAUCAAGAUUUUGAGACCUUUAGAGCAGACCGUUCUAUUCGAUUUUCCAACAAGCUUCGUCAAAUAAUGUUCGAAGAACGAGAACCCUUCUAUUAUCCAACCGUAUUCAAAGAGCAACAAGAAGUUAUGCAUGGUUCAUACGAUCUGUUUGUUCUCAAAAAAGCAAUGAAGGCUUUCACAUCUCUACAGCAAAUCCAGUUACUGUCAGUCAUGGUACAUAAGGACAUCGUUUUGCGAAAUCUAGCAUCUAGUUUUGAUGAAUGGGAGUUCAUUGAUUGCCGCUGGAUCCCCGCAUGUCGACAUGCUGUGGAUACUUUGCUUAUGGCUGUGUUAUAUGGGAACCCACCAGUAUCAUCAUUCUCGAGCCCAACUUUGAGCCCGCAGAGUUUACUGCAAAUAACCUCUGGGAUGCAACGUUCCAGUUUGGCCGCGAAAGAUUGGGGGCAGCUCUCACAUCUGGACAUCACAUUUGAUGAAAGACCCGAUCGAAGCUAUUUAGACACUGCCGAAACCCGCCUGAAAGGCCACAUAUCACCACUUUCUGCAUUUUUUAAGCUCUUUUGCUCGUACACCGAGAAUCUAUCGACAUUGUAUCUUAGAUUUACUCCUGGUUUACCUGUACGUCUCCCUCUGGAUGACGUAUUUCAUGGAACUACUUGGACAAAACUUCGUAUUUUGGGGAUAGGCUCAUGGAUGUUGAGAGCCGAAGAUAUCAUUGGAAUUGCCCAAAGACAUCGUAAUACCCUGAAGGGGCUAAGAUUAUCAGAGGUGUAUCUCAUAGAUGAUGGCCGGUGGAAGGAUGUUGCGAUUGCGUUGAAGGCGUCUAUGAAACGACUGGAAUGGGUUGGGUUACAGGAUAUUGGCUAUGAGGGAGAAUAUGUUCGCAAGGCUGCCUAUAUCGAAACCUACAGCGACACUAGUAGCGAGGAGGAUUUCGAUGACAUUGAGACUGAUAAUACAAGUACCCGCUCAUUCGACAUACACCCAUCUCAAGCGGACGACGAUGUUAUAUACGGGAAUGUGUUCACUUCGUCAGAGGAUACAGGGUCAUCUAGCGGUAUAUCAUCCUGUGGUUAUACUGCUAACGCUAGUUUUGGAAGCCUUGGAACAAUUGAUGAGGAUGAUCCUGAGGAGGACCUGAUGGAUUAUGGGGUCACUGUCUCUCAGGCCCAGAGAAAACAUUGGGAACGAUGGAUAGUUGGGAAAAACGCAAAUACGGGCGAGGCGUAUACUCGACCUCUGUGA